CCGCGGCCGCCGCCGCCGCAGGCAGAGCGCAGCGGGCGGGCCGGGCGACGGGCCAUGGCGGGCGCCGAGGACGCGCCGGGCCGGCAGCCGGAGCUGGACGAGGACGAGACGGCGGAGGGCCGGCGCUGGGGCGCACAGCACGCGGGAGCCCGUGAGCUGGCGGCGCUUUACUCGCCAGGCAAGCGCUUCCAGGAGUGGUGUUCCGUGAUCCUCUGUUUCAGUCUCAUUGCCCACAAUUUGGUCCACCUCCUGCUGCUGGCCCGCUGGGAGCACACACCCCUCGUGAUCCUGGGUGUCGUUGCAGGGGCUCUCGUCGCUGACUUCCUGUCCGGCCUGGUACAUUGGGGUGCUGAUACAUGGGGCUCUGUGGAUCUGCCCAUUGUCGGGAAGGCCUUCAUCCGGCCGUUCCGAGAGCACCACAUUGACCCCACAGCCAUCACAAGGCACGACUUCAUCGAGACCAAUGGGGACAACUGCCUCGUCACGCUGCUGCCACUGCUAAACAUGGCCUACAAGUUCCGGACCCAGAGCCCAGAGACCCUGGAGCAGCUGUACCCUUGGGAAUGCUUCGUCUUCUGUCUGACCAUCUUUGGCACCUUCACCAACCAGAUCCACAAAUGGUCACACACAUACUUAGGGCUGCCAUGCUGGGUCACCGUCCUGCAGGACUGGCACGUGAUCCUACCACGGAAACACCAUCGCAUCCACCACGUGGCGCCCCACGAAACAUACUUCUGUAUCACCACAGGCUGGCUCAACUACCCCCUAGAGGUUAUAGGCUUCUGGCGGCGCCUGGAAGAUCUCAUCCAAGGCCUGACGGGUGAGAAGCCGAGAGCGGACGACAUGAAAUGGGCCCAGAAGAUCAAGUAGCAUGUCUGGACUCUUGGUCGCCAACCUUCCCGAACCUGAACUGAAGCCAUCUGCCAAAUCCCGGCGUCUCUGAGCUACCCUCCAGUGAAGAGAAGUCCCCUGGGCUGGGCCCGGGCACCCCUAGCCCACCCCCAGUGACACAGAAUACUUGAGUCACCCACUUUUCAUUUCCUCUUCUCCUUUUCUUUCCUUGGGCCUUCCUGGCCACUGAGCUGCUCCGAGGCCAAGCCUGACUGCAGACGGGAGCCCAGUCCUGCUGGCCAGCCCCACCCUGUGCAUCUGCUCUGCACGCCUGCUCCCUGGGCCGGUGUAGGGUCACAGACAACAGAUCUGUCUCGGUGACCCAGAGAGCCCCCAGAACACGUAAAUGUCCCUGGAUCAUGAUUCUCCCUCAGCCCUGUAAACAGACCCUAGAGGCCUAGGUGGGUGGGCCACCCCAGCUGCCACCCAAGGGAGGCAGAGCCGGGCAAAGGUCAGGGGGCAGCUGGCAAGGAGAGGCCAUGAUGCCCUGCCCACAUGCGGAUACUCUCCCUUCCCCUAGUUCUCCUGUCCAUGUGUCCAGCCACUUCUGAGGUCUCCCUGCAGAGACAUCUUCAUGGGCACAGCUCUUGUGAAGGGCUUGGUCAUUUGGGGAAGGGACACUGUGUCCCUUCUGGCCAAUGUGUCAGAGGAGGAAGAAUAAGGCUUUUUUAUUUGGAUUUUUUUUUUAAAGGUGCUUGCUUGUUAAUGUAAAUAAUAGAAAGCCUUAAUAUCUUUCUGUAACAUGGAGUAAUAUUUUAAUGUCAUGUUUUGGAUGUAUAUAAUAUAUUUAUAACAAAGGAAGCAUCUCCUUCACUCUGGUUGCCGUGUGGUGUUUCCGGAUGGCUGCAUAGAGGGAGCUAGCCCUGGCCUGAGGGAUGGGGGCUUUAUCCCCAGACACAGUGAAGUGGUCUAGAUUUAUUUAUUUUAUGUUUUGCCCGCAUGUGUGUGUGUGUACCAUGUGUGUGCCUCGUCCCCACAGAGGUCACAGAGAGCAUUGGAACCCUGGAUCUGAAGUUACGGAUGCUGAAACACUGUGGGUACUGGGGAAAAACCGGGUCCUCUUAAGUGCUCUUAACCAGGGUGCCAUCUCUCUCCAGUACUGAAUUUUUGUUUUUUUUAAGGCGGUGGUGUGUCAUAUACUCCAAGUGACCUCACACUUCUUAUAAAAACCAAGGCUGACCUUGAAUUCCUGGUCCCCGUACCCUCCCAAGUGCCAGGAUGACAGGUGUGUGCCACCAUUCACAAGACCUUUCACCUAGAUUGUGCUAGAGCAGUGCUGGCUGGCCUGUCCCAGAACUCCUUUGGGGUCAUUGGCAUUUGACGUACGUCAUGGCUCUGGCCUAGAUCCAGACCACCAGACUGACUGACUGUGGUGGGAGCUGAUCUAAGAAAAAACACCAUAAAUAAAGAAAACGUACUACAA